AUGGAACUCGACGAUGCGUAUGUCCCCUAUAUGGGAAAAAAUUAUGAGCUCACUCAAAUGCGCCGGUUGCCUCUGGCCACAUUAGUAAGAUUGGCUCGGAAAUGGUGUAGAAAGUUCGGAUUCGCUAGGAGACGGCUCUCUGCGGAACACCUGGAAGAUGACCUGCACGAGUUCGUCAUGAUGAAAUACAACAGGAAGGUAGUCACUCAGAGGCUGCUGGCGAAGUACUGGCCCGACGGACUAAACGUGUACCAAUUGAGUCAAUUGGACAGCUGCAUCGUGCAGCAACACUCAUUCCAUUACCGUUGGCAUUCAAAGACUAUAUACAAAUCAAAGCACGAGCGAACACACCCACAUGUAGACAGGGAUGCAUUUGUGAACGUACUGUACGAGACUUUGACAAAGCACCAUUACACGCACAUAUACCAAUUCCGUCACAACAACCUCCCGCUGAUGUGCUACAGGGUGCAGUUGUUCGAUAGACCCGUCGCCAGCUCAGGGGAGAACCAGCAUAGUGACAAGCUUGUUGCGAUUCAAACGUACUACGUAGCGUUCAUGGAGGACAGCGAAGUCCCCAUCAUAAUACACACCGCUGAAACGGGAGUAUACGCAACUUUGAUACAGCAAGCUGUCAAGCGUGCUCUCUCUACCAGAACGGUGAUACAUUUGCAUGAUAACGAGCUGGAACCAGUCCGAUCGAUAGAGAAAAUGUUUCUCGUAUGUGGUGCGACUCGGUUCAGCGAGGCGAUGGGGAGGUGGGUCCCCUACGCCAAGGGCGAGACGGAUGUGUCACCCUUGGGGAACACGGGAGUCCAUCGGAGCAUUGUUGGACAGAUGGUGGAUCCCACCGACAUACAAUCCAAGAGUAUGUUGAAGUUUAAGGGCAGUACCUCUUGUCACCAGGGCCGCCAUGUGUACGAAUCGUUGGUGCCUGUAGAGAGGGCCACAUUUGUCUUUCAGGAUGAGGUGACCCGUGAGGCCCAGUCCUCCCCAGGUGAAGUCACUGUCAAGUUCAAAUUCAAGGGGACAGAUAUCUUUGCAGGGUUGCAUAAGCUAUGUGAUAAACGGCUGGUCGACAUCGAUAAAGUGCCAGGGUGGCUUGCUGGCGAGAACGGGAACCAUUCUGGCACAGUAGACGCACAUGGGAACUUUAUCAAGAAGGUGAGUAAGAAAAACUUGCUAUAG